CAUCUUCAGCCAAUCACUGCGUUUCUCGACGACACUCCAGGGCAAGGCAAGGGGUUAUAAUUCGCCUAUUUCCGUGAGAAGUUUCAAUUAAGUAAAACUUAUCUUGGUUCAUCUACCUGUCAGACUUUGGAGCAGUGCUUCUCUCUCUCUUUAUAAAACAAAACCACCCUGAUACAUCAUUCAAGCGUUAGUACACGCUUUGUUUACAGAGGAUUAGAUCACAGAAUUCACAGAGGUAACCAAUCUUCAUCCUACAUAAAACAGCAGAGGUGCGUGGAUCUUAAAGUUCGUUGAGUGUUCCUCGCUCGUCAUAGUCUACACUUUGCAUUCGUACCAUCAACAGUACUCUCAAAAUGGAACUACGUCGAAGUAUUUUUUUCGUUUGGAUUUCCCUUAUGAUCCGGUUUGGAAAGUCCCAAAGUUUCGAGCCACAUGAAACGUCCCACGUGGCUUUGAUUGGAUGGACUCAACCCGGCGGUGCAAUAAAGUUCGACUGUGCGGGCUCGUACCUCGGGCGAAAUGUCAUUAUGACCGGAGCACGUUGUCUGGAACGGGAUGGCGCUCGCACUGACAUCGUUCGACUCGGUCAGGCGAUGGAUGCGCCAAUGGACUUUCACGUUCACAAUGUAACGGUCCAUUAUCGGUAUCAGGCCGAAUAUUAUUACCAUAACAUGGCCAUCAUCUUUCUGAAAGAAGAUCCUCAAACCGUGUCCGCUAGGUUUAAGCCGGCUUGUAUAUAUUCGCGACCACCACCGAUACCGGAAGGCAAGGUGCAUUUGAUCGGCAGGGACUCAGAUGGAUCAUACCAGAAGACACAACUCGAUUUGGUUGAUUCGGACAAGUGCCACGAAUAUUACAGUCCAACUAAGAAGCUGAAGUACGGUGCGCUGUUGGUCUGUUGCAUGUGUGCUCGGAAUCCCUCGGUCAGCAAAUGCGCAACCGAGCUUGGCUCUCAGAUGCAGGUCAUCCUGGAGAAGAACGGAAAGCGGGUUCCCUUUUUGGUUGGUCAGAAAACUAUCGGUCGAUCGUGUGGGUCGAAAGUUCCCGGAAUCUACACCCGACUAAGUUCCGAUGGGCAUCUUCCGUGGAUUUCAACGAUCGCCAGAAUGGAUUUCUACAACCACGAUGCAUGCAUCGACAGAUAUUGAAAACAACCACUCGGCUGUGGAAAGAUCAACUUAUGUUUAUACUUGAAGUCGAACUAAC